AUGGCAGCCGUCAAACACCAAUCCAAUGGUGCGACAGCCAUCGUGAUCUCCGAAUAUAAAACGGGGUCUGGCACCCUCACCAGCGACAGGUUCUGGUGUGAUCCGUGCAAGAGAAUCUUCAGCACGUGGCAGCAGCUUCACGGUCACAAAGAAAAGAUGAGCGCUCAAGGCAAGGCUAAGCAUAUACACUGCCAGUUCUGCAGUCGUGACUUUCACACCGAAUCCGCCAAAGUCACCCACAUCCAGCAGGCUAGUUUCAUCUCUUCUUCUCCUGAUCACCCUCAGGAACAAAACCUUUAUUGCACAGGAUGUGGAAAAGGCCCUUUCGUUCGAGUUGGCGGACUCGUAUCUCACGUCGAGAAAGAGUGUCUCAUUCUCAAUACCAACAUGAUUGAGACCAUGCGUGAGGAGAAGAUGGAAUUCUCCCAAGCCCUUACAGCUUUGACUAAAGAGCCUCUCAAGAACAACUAUGGAGGCUACAUGCCCGAAAAUGCGAAUAGGGGUCUUCCUGAUGCUACCUGGGAAUCAACUGGAAGCAUUCCUGCUCCCUUUACUAUCGAGCAGAGUCAGUUCCCCAGCCUUGGCGAAUCUAGUUCUACCACACUCCAGCCCACCAAGGAAAAGAAAGAAAACAGCUGGAACAAAGGUAAGAACCUGUUCCCAGAUGCUCCUGCAGCUCAGCGCCCUACUCUAGAGCAGCUCAAGCAAGUCACUGCUCCGAGCGCCAGAGCUACCUUCGACCUCAUGAGCGAUCUCGACCCCAAGCAUCCCGACUUCAACGUGGCCCGGUUUUACUCCGAGUACACUCAGAAAUUUAAUUGUCGCAUGGGGAGAUGCGGCAAGGCCUUCAAGACAGCGAAGGGUUUCAUCGCACACCUCACCUCCGAGGCUCACUCUGCGAGCAGGUACCGCUGCCCCUACUGUCUCAACACGUUUGGGUCUCUUGCUUCGAUCACCCAGCAUGUUGAGUCCAACAGCAACAAGUGCAAGAUCCGAGACACGGAGCAGUACAAUUCCUACAUGGACCAGCUUCUCGCUAGCAUGGUUAACGUCAAGGAUAGACACGCAGAUGGCACCGUUCGCUAUGAGACGUCAAAGACGUUUGGCAAAGGCCCUAGCCCUGGCUCAGACCUCGUUGAGCAGAAGGAGAACCCCAAGGUCAAUGGAGGAGACCCUUACACGGGAAUGCAGAUUCAUUGGUAGAUUUGCGGAAUGAUUGUUGCGGAGAAUGAAUUUGAGAUUGGCAAGUUUUGAGAUGUGAACUUAGGAGACUGCUGGGCAAUGUACCUGA